UUUAUUUUAAAAGAAGUUCCAAAGGACGUUGGGAAUAUUCAGCACAAAAGCCUUUUAUCUGGCAAUGUCUAAGGACUACCAAGAUCUACAGUUCUUACAGAACGCUCCAGGUGAAAGUGCAGAUUUCAAGAUGAAUCCCUGGGUCUCCCAACCAUCGUCACGUCUCCAGUACGUGGUCCACACAAUCUAUGGAGGGCUCCUCCUUCUCAUUAUUAUCCUGGUUAUCUCAUUCAGAAAUCCGGGAGAAAAACCUGCCGACCGCACUCUUGAGUUCCAGAUUGGUAACCUGAGUGAGAGGAUAAACUCCAAAGUGGCGCAGCUGUCUCAGGAUGGGGCCAAGGUGAUGGAAAGGCUGCAGCCGAUGGACAAAGCUCUGAAAAACAUCCAGACGGAUUCUUCUAUAAGUGCAUUACAGAGCGGUAUGCAGAAAGUCCUGAAUUCUCUCAGCAGAUUAACAGAGCGGAUAAAGAGACUAGAUGUAAAUGGGUCAAAGGAAGAGACGUGUCCUGCCACAUGGUCUAAGUUUCUGCUCAGCUGCUACUUCUUCUCUAGUGAGGGAAAAUCCUGGAAUGACUCUGAAAAGUCCUGUCAGGAGAAAAAUUCCCAUAUGGUCGUCAUCAACAGUAAUGAAGAGCAGAGGUUCGUGUUUAGUAUCACCAAGGGGAAAUACACCUGGAUCGGACUAACGGACAUGACGGGAGAGUGGAAAUGGGUGGAUGGAACCAAUUAUGACGCUGCCCCUAAGAACUGGAUUCCUGGGCAGCCUGAUGACUUUUAUGGACAUGGACUUGGAGGAGGAGAAGACUGCGCACAUCUUCAUAACAAUGGGAAAUGGAACGAUGACCACUGCACCCGACCUUACUUGUACCUCUGUGAGAUGGAUCUGUGAGAAGGCCACCUGCUCAUAGACUUGCUCGUACACUGUGUUCUGCAUGGAGGACACACAUUACUCUGCCACACUAACGCUGCAUAGUGGAGAUAGAUAAUGAAUAAACCACAGAAAUCAGAUGUCCCCAGAUCACUUCCAGAGAGACAUCUUCUCACUGUAAGCAGGAGAUCAUCUACUGAGGAAUAGACAUCACUGAUCAGACCUAGAAGGGAAAACAUCUAAAUCCUCGAUCCAGGAAAUAUGACCUCUACUAAUGGACAAAUCUUCCUUCUGUCUGAGAUAAAGUCCUGCCAAGGGCUUUACAUUUAUCUGGAUGUGACAUAACGUUACAAAAUGAUUUAUCAAUGAUUUUUCUAGUAAAGAAAUGUAUUAAUAUAUUCAUAUUAGAGUACAUGUAUUUAUUCUUCAAACCUCUUAUGGUUGCCAUUGGAAGGUUAAGCAUCAAUAGUCUCCAUCAAUGGAUAUUCCUGAUCUGUGAUGUGAAUUUCAAUUUAAUUUCUAAUAAAUAUUUAUAAUGCCAGCGAUAAUAUAUGUUGCGGACGCAAGGCACAUCUUAUUACCAUAUACGAUAAAAGUGCACUGUACGUCGCAAACACUACAUCCCUUAAGAGAAAACAAGCACUCGCACACAUUUGCUAGCUCUUUUGUCACAAAUAAAUCACAAAUUAUACAAGCACUGGACAUUUGUUACUAUAGGCCUGGGUUUAAAAGUAUUCGAAUUGGCCUCAGCAUGCUAACACAGCUAUAUCAUACCUAUGCACCAAUUUUUAAAUGCUCUUUAAAUUUACUUAACAAUUAAACAAUCCAAUCUGAAUCAAACACAAUAUGACUUAUUUGAACUUUGUUUUGCAACAAUAAAAAUACGCUGUGGAAUUUUCAA